AUGAUUUAAUAAACACAAGCUCAUCUCCCAAAAGAGUGGAUCGAAUUCUUACAACAGAUUCAAACCAUCGACCCAAUUGAUGUAGAAACAGUAACUUAAUAUGUAAAAGUACGUGUCAACCACUUUCCAACGGAUUAACAAAUGAUAGAGUAUUACGAAGAAGUCUUUUCAAAAUCUACAAGUGAUGUAAACAGGAAAAAGUGGCAUCAAUAAGAUAAAAAUCUACUCAUUUGGUGCAUGGCUAAGCACAUGAUGUCAUAGAAUCGCUAGGAACUCAUCCCUAAUGACGAUGAUUGGGAGUUUGUGUCUAAAGUUCUCCGUGUUGAUAAAAAUCUAGUGGAAUUGAAGUGGAUUUCGCUUCUCCAUUCUAACUUAAAAAUCUCCCCUUGGACAAAGGAAGAAGAUCAAAUACUGAUUAACAUAGCCAAUGACCAUUAUUAUAAAAAUAAUUGGACCGAAUUAACAAUCAAAUUCAAUUCAAUAUCUUCAACUUAGAGAUAUCCUAAGUAAAUACGGGAAAGAUGGAACAAUGUGUUGAAUCCCAGCAUCUCUAGGUCAACUUGGAGCAAAGAGGAAAAAAUCAACUUACUAUAAUUGAUUUUGAAAUAUGGCAAAAAAUGGUCCAAAAUCUAAGAUGAAUUAAAUGGAAGGAGUGAAAAUUAGAUUAAAAACUAGUAUAAUGGAAUAAUAAGAAAUUUAAAAAGAUUUAAUGUUUAAGAAAGUGAAGAAAGAUUGUUGAUCAAAGCAAUAAUUGAAAAUCCAGAUCAAAAGUUAAGCUUGACUGUAACUUAGUUUAUGUCAGAUUUCUUGGCUAAAAAAGAAGCGUCGAAAAAUGUAGAAUCCCCACAACUCCAAUAGCUUACAGAGUCAUUUAUGUAAAAGAAAAUCUGUGCCGACCCUGUCGCUCAAGAAUCUGGCAUUACUGCUACAAAUAUCUUAUUACAAGAGAAAUUGAUAUAAUGUAAAGAAAUGCAAUAGUAAAUGAAGUAGACGUCUAUGUAAUAAAACAUAUUUUUCUCCUCUCCUUAACAACAGUAGUAUUCAUAAGUGCCAAUGUCAUCUAACUAGUAUUUUUAUAAUAAUAUUUAUCCAAAUUAUUAUCCCAAUUAUCAACAAUAAAAUCAACAAUACCUGUCCUACCCCAAUUAUAAUUAAGUAUAAUAGUAAAUGCCAUAUCACUAAUAUCACUAUGGGUAUUAUUGA